UCAAUUCUUCACACAACAAUAUCUCCCAACUCACUCUCAAACAGAACAAAAAAUGGCUACCCAAAUAUCGAUUGCAAAAAACACUCUCAUCCUUUUUCUCUUCACCUUAACCAUCCUAACAACAAAAACCGCGUUCUCGCAGAACUGCGGUACAACAGGAUGUGCGAGGAACCUAUGCUGCAGUAGAUAUGGAUACUGUGGCACCACAGCCGCUUACUGUGGCACAGGAUGCAGAAGCGGACCUUGCAGCUCCCAAAACGGUGGCGGUGGCGGUGGAGGUCUAAACGCUGACCCUCGUGAUACAAUUGCAAAUGUUGUCACACCAGCAGUUUUUGAUGGUAUCAUGAGCAAAGCAGGAAACGGCUGCCCAGCAAAAGGAUUCUACACUCGUCAGGCUUUCAUCUCGGCUGCUCAAUCGUUCCCGGCCUAUCGAGGAACCGUCGCUAAGCGUGAAAUCGCCGCCAUGUUGGCUCAGUUCUCACACGAAUCUGGAAGUUUUUGUUACAAAGAAGAAAUAGCAAGAGGAAGGUACUGCCAAGCUAGCUCAGUCUACCCUUGUCAAUCGGGAAAGAACUACUACGGUCGUGGUCCUAUCCAAAUCACAUGGAACUACAACUACGGUGCAGCCGGAAAGUUCCUUGGACUCCCUCUAUUGACUGAUCCAGAUAUGGUUGCUCGUAAUCCUGAUGUGGCCUUUAAGUGUGCCAUGUGGUUCUGGAACCAAAAUGUCCGUCCGGUCUUGGACCAAGGCUUUGGAGCCACCAUAAGGAAGAUUAAUGGUGGGGAGUGCAACGGUGGGCGUCCGGCAGCGGUGCAAAGCAGAGUUAAUCUCUACUUGGAGUUCUGUAGGCUGUUUGGGAUCACUCCUGGAACAAGUCUUAGUUGUUAAAGAUAAUAAAUGUGGUUAAUAUGGCAGCCUUCAUGCUAUGAUGUUGGUCUUGCGCGUGUGAGUUAAUAAGUAAUGGUGUGUGAAUAAAAGGUUAUGUGGUGUAACCUAAUGAAUGUAUCAUACUAUCAUGUGUUGUUUGUAUCAGUUGUCAUAAAAUAAAGAAUCUAUAAUAAACACUGUUGUGAUU